CCACCCGAAAGCGAGGCAAUUUACUUAAGCGGGAAGACGGGGAUAUCUGUUCUCCUCCUCCCUCAGCCUUCCCGGAUGGUAAAGAGAAGGCGGGGCUCACAAGUGUGUUACGGCUCCUCCCACCAUAGCGGGGACGAUACUGUUUACAUGGAGUGUGCUCCGCCUCCCGCGGAUUUCUAAUCCCCUUAAUCGUUCAUCUGUCAUAUACUAAGCUUCGCCAGGCGUGGUUGCGCGGAGUGCAUUAGAACGGCUCCUCCUCCGAGUAACGUCACCGCUCCGCACUGGGCUAGCCUGGUUACCAUAGAAACCGCGGUGGGCCGUGAUUCGGCGGCCCUUUUGGGCUGUGUAUUGGCUCAGGCAUGCUAGGCAUGCAAAAUCGAGCUCAGGAAGAGGGUGAGCUUUCCCAGUCCAGCCAGUCCUGUGAGGUGCGCUUCUCGGGCCCCCGACCCCUGCGUCUGGUAGAAUGGAAGGUUUCCGCAGGGGCCUCAGUACAGAUUGGCUCGGUGUUGGCCCUAGCGGUGCCUAUUCUGGGAGCUGAAGUCAGGGAGCAACGCAGUCAUGAGGAGCCGGGGAGGCCGCACAGAGCGCCUGAGAGGAAAAUCAAGUCGGACCGUGCAGGGGUCGUGCAGGAGCUAUGCCUGAAGCCGGGAGAAGUCUGCCCUGCCGGGGGUGUUCUGGUAAGGUUAUUCAGCUGUAACCAUCCUGUUGUAAUGAAGGGCCUUUGUGCAGAAUGUGGCCAAGACUUAACACAAUUACAAAGUAAGAAUGGAAAGCAGCAGGUGCCUUAUUCAACAGCCACAGUUUCUAUGGUUCAUAGUGUCCCAGAACUCAUGGUUAGCUCAGAAAAAGCAGAGCAACUAGGUCGUGAAGACCAACUUAGAUUACAUCGAAAUAGGAAACUGGUCCUUAUGGUUGAUUUAGAUCAGACUUUAAUCCACACCACGGAACAACAUUGCCAGCAUAUGUCUAGAAAGGGCAUAUUUCACUUUCAGCUAGGAAGGGGAGAACCAAUGCUCCACACUCGGCUACGUCCUCACUGCAAAGAAUUCUUAGAGAAGAUUGCAAAGCUGUUUGAACUGCAUGUCUUCACUUUUGGUAGCAGACUGUAUGCCCAUACUAUAGCAGGUUUUCUAGAUCCAGAAAAGAAGCUUUUCUCUCACCGAAUAUUGUCCCGAGAUGAAUGUAUUGAUCCCUAUUCCAAAACAGGAAAUCUUAGGAACCUUUUCCCUUGUGGGGACUCUAUGGUUUGCAUUAUUGAUGACCGAGAAGAUGUUUGGAAAUUUGCACCUAAUUUGAUAACAGUUAAAAAGUAUGUGUACUUUCAAGGCACUGGUGAUAUUAAUGCACCUCCUGGUUCAAGGGAAGCACAGAUGAAGAGCAAAGUAAGCUGUUCAAAACCUUCAGAAGUAACAGAGCAGCCUGAAGCUUUACAAGAUUCUGAACAUUCAAAGAACACUCUCGUUGUGGAGGAGCACAGUAAUGGUCACAGAAAAGCUGUGAAGGAACUGAAUGGGGGGUGCACUAACAGUGAGCUUUCCAAAAAGGAUACAGAGUGCACUGAUGGACUACAUGAACAAGAUUCCACUAAUAGUCAACUUACAGAUGCAUUAAAUAGUAAAAAUGUGAAACCAUUGGCAGAUAAACCUCCAUCCUUAGAGCAAGACGAAAGGACAAAUAUUUCUAAUCCCCAGUCAAAGACAGGGGCAGCAAAAGACCUAGAUUUUGACUUGUCCAGUGACAGUGAUAGUGAGGGUGAAACCAGGAAAAUAUCAUCUCCUUCUGCAUCAGAAAGUGAAAAUGAAUGUAAAAGAAGUUGGAGAAAAACAAACAAAAGGGAUGAAGAAUGUACAACAGAAUUAUGUACAGAUGUUGGCUCCAAGAAAGCGAGGCCAGAAAAUCACUCUUGCUUUGAGUCAAAGGAUACAUUGCCAGUAGAAGAUGAUGAGAUGGAAGUGCAAUCUGCAGAGCAGGAUAGCCUUUGUGAUUUAGGUAACGGCUGUACAGAUAAAAAAGAGAUUGAAACAGAGUCCCAGAAUAGUGAGCAGUCUGGUAUCACUGUAGGAGAGUCACUUGAUCAGAGUAUGGAAGAAGAGGAUGAGGAUAGUGAAGACACAGAUGAAGAUGACCACUUGAUAUACCUUGAGGAAAUUCUUGUCAGAGUACACACAGAUUACUAUGCAAAGUAUGACCGGUACUUGAAAAAAGAGGUGGAGGAUGUUCCAGACAUUCGUAAAAUAGUGCCUGAGCUGAAGAGUAAAGUAUUGGAAAAUGUCAUAAUUACAUUUAGUGGCCUUCAUCCAACAAAUUUUCCCAUAGAGAGGACACGAGAAUUUUAUCAUGCAAGAGCUUUGGGAGCAAAUAUCCGCAAGAACCUUAUUUUAAAACCAGAUGAUCCUGAAAGGGUGACUCACCUUAUUGCUGCAAGGGCUGGCACAGAAAAGGUUCGACAGGCUCAGAACUGUAAACACCUAAACAUUGUAAAUCCAGAAUGGCUUUGGAGCUGCUUAGAGCGAUGGGAAAAAGUUGAAGAACAACUUUUUCCAUUAAAGGAUGAUUACAUGAAGUCUCAAAGAGCAAUAAGUCCCACCACAUUUCCCGAUAUUCAGAGUGCUUUCCAGACUCCACUUUUUCACCCUACUCCUAUCCACCCAAAGACACAACCUGGUCCCGAAGUCCGUCUGUAUGAUCCAGUAACUGGAAAACUUAUCCGGAAAGGAUCACAAGGUUCCAGCCAGUCACCAUACAUUCAAGCACCUAGUCCUCCUCUGUCUUUACCUGUCCAUGGAGAGCAUUCAUCUUUCAGAGUUGUUCAGCCACAUCAGGAGCAACUGUUUGAUGAUGAUGAAGAACUUCCCACCGCCAAUUCAGAUGAAGAGCAAUCAGGGCCCUCUAGAAGAAAGCGUCAGCCAAGCAUGUCUGAGACUAUGCCCUUGUACACACUUUGUAAAGAGGAUCUGGAGAGCAUGGACAAAGAAGUUGAUGACAUUUUAGGAGAAGGUAGCGAUGACAGUGACAGCGAAAAAAAGAAGACUAUCAAGGUAAAAAAAUCACAGAGUGCAGAACAAGGGAACAAAUUAAAAAACCCAGAAGAAAGGACUGAGUCCUCUUCAUCAAGUGAAAGAAGUCUGUCUGGUAGCAGGCCUCGAGGUCACAAAAGAAAGUUGGAAGAAGAGGAGGAGGAUGCCGAGAGUGAAAGCAGUAAAGAGUCAAGCAACGAAGAUGAGGAAGGAAGCAGCUCUGAGGCAGACGAAAUGGCAGCAGCCAUUGAAGCGGAACUGAAUGAUUUCAUAUGACAAGCACCUACUCCUAGGGUAAAUUCAAGAUUAGUAACUAUUAGUCAGGCAUAAAUUAAAUGUUGCAACUAAAGAGUGUGUGUGGUCUCUCUCACUGUUCAUUUUUUCCUUUGAGAAUUUUGACAUUUCUUUGUAUAUUUUGAUGAAAACCAACUGCUAUCUUGUCUAUUUUACAAAUGUCAGUGUAGUUUUAAAUGUUUUAUUAAAUAUGUACCUACCCCCCCUUUUUUUGUUUUGUUUUUUUUUUUUUUUUGGGUUUUUUUUUAAGAAAAGGAAAAGAAAGUGUUAAGAUGACAUUAAGCUAUGCCAAAGAACUAUAAUGCUCUACACUGAGCUUUAUAUAGAGGACAAGAUUUUUUUUUUUUUUUGCAUUUGCUUAUUUUCCUGUUCUUUCCCUUUGUGACUGAAUGUCUCACAAAAACCAAGUGAGGAACUCAAGGAUUGUUAGUGUUCAUUCCACACCUGUCACACAAAUUAUUAUUUUUUUUUUUUUAAUGGAAUACAAUUUAUAUUUGUAUAGACAAUGAGAAUGUGAUAUGAAAUGUUGUAAACUUGAUUUGCGUCACUUGCCUCUAACUAACAACAAUGUUUAAACUUCAUGUUUUUAUAAGUUCCUCCUCCUCCUGUGCGGUAGUUUGGGUUUGCUAGAAGACCUGUGUUUAGAUUUUUAACAUGGCCUCUCUGUAUGCUGUUUAUCAUAGCUAAGUGCUCUGUACUGCCAUGGAGAUCCUAUUAAUCGACUGCUCUAGAUGGAGGCAAGAGAGUGCUAAUUUAACUUGCAUAGGGUUUUAUUCACUUGAGAGGACUAAUGUAAAGUUUUUGUAUAUUCUAUUUCAUAUUUGAACUACAAAACAGAUUUUCUUUCGUUUAAUAAAAAAAUCCAUUUUGUA